AUGACUAACACUAGCGAGCAGAUACCACCGCAUGAUGUUAAAGGGCAGUGGAAAAUUCGGUACAGUAAAUCUGUACUCCAGAAUGUGGCUAAAGAUGAACAGACCUGUCAGGAGAGCAAAACUUUGUCACAGGAUGAUUUGGCUGAUAUAGUUGAUGGGAAGGACAGAAAUGUGGCCAGACAUGCAGCCACAGAGUGGUCAGCUGAUGAGCUUGACAGGAGUCUGGAUGGAGGACUAAGUCAAGAAGGUAUUGCGGAUGACAGCUGGGAUUCUUUGUUUACAGAGGACGGAGACUGUUUGGCUCCAGUGCAGGAGCCAGCAGAGAAUGAGAUGAACUCACGGAGGCGCGGAUUUGAUUUCUGCAGUCAUCAGUCCAAAGAAUCUGACGGCGAUGAGAGUGAGCUUUCUCAUGUCAUAGAAAUAUUUAGUUUUCCUGCUAACUUCAGAACAGAGGACCUGCUCCAGACCUUCUCCAGUUAUCUGAAGAAAGGAUUUGAUGUUAGGUGGGUAGAUGACACACACGCUCUUGGGAUAUUUGCCAGCCCUUUUGCAGCUCGGGAUGCACUAUCUAGUACCAAUCCAUUGGUUAAGGUCCGACCUUUAUCUCAGGCUUCAGCGGCAGCAAAGGCCAAAGCCAGGAGGUGCUCAGAGUUUCUGCAACCUGCAAGAGAACGCCCAGCAACUACAGCAGCCCUGGCCAGAAGACUAGUGACAGGAGCAUUGGGAAUAAAAAGUACUCAAACAAAAGCAGACAGAGAAGCAGAAAGACGCAAGCUGCAAGAAGCUAGAGACCGAAGACGUCUUGAAGCCAAGCAGAGAGAUGAUGCUUGGGAAGGAAGAUGACAGAAUACACCAAGUAACCUUUGAAAGAGCGGCUUAGCAUCUAGGAAGACCUUUUCCUGAGAAAAACAGCAAGUGGGGAAAAUAUGUGAUCGAAUUAGCCAGUAGUCACCAGCCCCUGCACCGGAGAUUGUGUGGAUCUGUGUCUGGUGCCUUGGAAUGUUCACUUGGAAAGCCAGUGUUCUGAGUUCCAAGGACGGGAAGGAAUCGGAAAUCCCUUCUUGUUCAUCAUGUGCUGUUAACCAGAUAUGGCUGUGCUAAAGUUUCCAUAAGUAUUGCAAGUAAAUUAAAAUAUUUUCCUGUAUAUUUUGUAAGAGUCCAGGAUUUGCAAGAAGUCUUAAAUUUUACUGGACGUUGUAUGCAGACCAAGUGCUUGUGUAGACUUUUCUUAUGGCAGUUACAAUGGAAAAUCAGUGGUAAACUUCAUGGAUGUUACCUCUUCAAGAACCUUGUGGUUGUCAGACAGUUCUAAAACAAGUAAGGUUUACUGCUGUAUUUAUAGGACAUCCUCGUGCUAAAAAUUAUGUAUGUACAGUCUGUCCUAGCUUUACAGAAUCAUUACAGGUACAUUGAUUCUAUCAGUAAUCUUGAUUUAAAAGGAAUUACAUUUUUUUAAUCUCGGGUUUCCAGUCAUAGCAACACUUGCUGAUCCAUGAGUGAAUGGUGACUAGAAUAAACCAUUUUUGCUUUCAAGUAUCUCAGGAUACAAAUGCAAAUCUCAACUCUUGCUUUCUGAAGCAUGUCACAAUAAGAUGGUGCGUUCAUUUACUGUGCUAUGCUUUUAAAACAGAAUAUUGAAGUAGUACAAUGUUGGUGCAACAGCUAACAUUGUCACCUCACAGCAAGAGGUUCUCUGGUUCAAUUCUUGGCUGGAGUGCCUUCUGUUUGGAGUCUGCAUGCCCUACCUGUGUUCCCAUGAGUUUCCUCUCACAUUCCAAAGACAUGCAGUAGGUGGAUUGGACGCUCUAAAUUGGCAUAGGUGUGAGUGUGUGUAGUGUGGAUGAACUACCGCUGCAGGGAUAGCCACCUGGCGGUAGGUGAUUGUCACUGUUGAAGUGACACUCCAACCCCAUGUGCAAAAAUGGGGAAAAAAGGGGUCGGAUGGAUUGAAUAAUUUUGUGCAAAGUAGUGCUGAAUAAACAGGGCACAUUACUGUAUCUCUUCACUGUUUUGCAGUGUUUCUUGUUGAAGAAUUAGAUCACUGGUUCUAGUAUUGCUAGAAGAAUUUAAAAACUGGAUCGCUUAAGUAAGCUAGGGAUUGGUCACUCCUCAGGAGUCUGUACGCCAUUGAGUUUAAGAAGGACUUCAGCCUCUGCUGGUAGUUAAGUUUUUUUGAGAUCAGAGAUCCAUUUUGUUAGGAACCUCCAUGGUUCUUUGAGUUUCUGAUUGUACCAUGCGUUCCACAGCUGCUUGAGUAGACAUUGUUCCAUGAGUAAAAUGGAUACAGCAUUGUGACACUGGUCCCAAAGAUUUAAAAAGAUCUACCAUUUUGACUGGACUGCUAAAAGGUAGCAGGAGGCAUACUAGCAGGAAACCCUGCGAGUCUGCUACGGGGAGUCCAACAUGGUUUCAUGUCCAUGUUGUGAAACGUAUUGCCAAGUAUAACCAAGUAGCAUAAAGCAAAAUGGAAAAAAAUUGACACAGUAACCAGCUGUUCCAAGCCAGAAUAUUGUAUAGUACGUCCCUUCCAAAGGAAAUUUUACCACCUGUGUAACCGUAUCUAGCUUGUAAUGAUUUAAGUGUGCAAAAGAGCCCAAGUUUGUCACAGUAUCUUCAAGAGAAAAUUUGUAAGAAAAAACUUCUGGUAUAGCCAUAGCCUUUUCAGAAUGAGGCCUUGGCUGACUAGUAUGAAGGAUUCUGCACUGUUGCUGUAUACCCCCAGUACAUGCCUUGGUCAAGUUUGAGACAGUUUGUGCCCUUCAUUUCCCAGUAUUAAGUGCUAUGAAAUGGUUUAGUCCUUUUGUAAUGUGUAAGCUGCGUACAGACAUGAAUGCAGUGUGGCAGCCUCUCACCUUUCCUCUCGGCUUGUCUUAAACUUAGUAUGUAUUCCAGCUUAAGAGUAAUUCUUGGGAUUCAUUGUCCCCAAAAAGUUACCAUAAGGAAAGUUUUGAAAGAUUAUACAGAAUGUCUGCAGCUUUGUGAUCCUUUAGGCAGACUAAUUGCUUGACUAACCAUUUUAACAUAGGAAUAUUUGCAGGCUGAGAGAGAGUGUAACUAAGAAAGAUUUUAAAUUAUAAAAUUGUUGCCCCGCCACCCAAGAAGAACCGGAUGGGUUUGCUGUUACUAAUGAGAGGUGGUCCCAUCCUAAAUUGAAGCUGGAAGUCAUAGCAGCUUGUAUCUUGAUAACUAUAUAAAGAACUGAUUUAUUACAAAAAAAAAAUCAUUACGUAAGCUAAUACUUUUGUAGAAGGCAAAAGUGGGAAAUAGUAAAUGUGUUGUUGUCCUAUUUCACCUUCAUUCUUACCAGGUUGGUUUUGUAUCCAAUCCUUGGAUCCGACUCUGCCUUUAUAUGCAAGCUCAAUGUCUUCCACUAGCUCGUGGCUAAACCCUAUCCCAGCAUGCACUAGGUAAACUCCCCAGAUGUCAUUUGCCGCUAAACAAGAUCAGGUGCUUGUCCUACUGGUUCUGGUUAAGCAUACUGUUUAUUAUAAUCACUGUUGUUGGAAAUUGCUUGUUCUUCUCUGUUGUUUAACUAACAUAGCUAGUUAUUGUGCUAGCCAGUUAUUUCCACUUUGUUGUCCCUGAUUUUUCUGCUGUUGGCCGUCUUCUACCUAGGCCUUGUUGUCCGUCUCGGCUUCUACCGUGAGACUUUUCAUAGCCCGUUGAGCUCUUCUUCCUCCUCUUUUUCUCUUUCAGUAACCUUGCUAAAAAGACAGCUCAUUUGAGUUCGAGAACUGCCUUCUCCUUAGAGGAAUAUCUCUUUCCCUUUCAGUCUCCCGGGCUUAGCCCAUUUAAGUUAAGGACUGUGCCAUCCUUUCAUCCCGCCUUUAUCCUAUGUAUGUUUUUCAUAGUUAAGUUUACUGUUUAAUUUGUUGUUGUUUAAAAUAAAAGAUUCUCUAGCUAAUUUCCUUAGUUACUAUCCCUUUUUUCAAGAUGUCUUGUAAAGAUUAGAAACCGUCCGGUUUCAAAAAAAUGUGGACAGAAAAUGUCCCUAACUGAUAGACACACAAUUUGUGUCUGUUGCCUAGGAGAUGCCCAUCUCCAGGAGCCUUGCUCUAUUUGUCAUUCUUUUAAUCACAGGGCUCUCCUGGAGAGGAAAAACAAAUUGAUAAUGAGAGGUCUCUUAAAAACCCCUUCUCAGAAGCAAUAUAAGAAAGUCCGGGUUUAUCAAAGACUGACCAAUUUCCAACUUCAAAAUCAGACAAGUCUGGGAAGAGAUCUUCCUCUUCUAGUGCUCUAUCGGACCAAAAAAGGUUGCCAAAAUUUGUACACUGGAUCCGAAGUCUUUUGAAUCUGAAAAAUCUACAGCUUCGACGCAAUCAGUCUCGGUGCCAGUAGUGUUUGAGUUUUAGAGCCAAUCCCCUGUCUUAGAGCCAUUCUCCCCUAUUCUAAGAUCACCAGUAUUUCAACAUUCCAAGUCUCCCUUCACUCGGUCUUCCAGGAGCCUAUCUGGUGACAUGGAUCAAGCGUUACAGGGGCUUUUAAGGACACCGGUGCUGGCCAAUCUAUCGGAUCCAACCCCGAGGGCUUCAGAUCCGACCACAUCCUCCCCUUCUCCUCCUCCUCCUCGGACUUCGGAAUCGAAAUGUCCUGAGCUGAUAUUAGCGGAGCCAUUGGACCCGAGACCUAUUACGAAUUCUUCAGAUCCAUUCAUUGCUUUGACAUCCUCUGCUCCAUCGGAGCUCUAGUCUAGCAGCAGACACUGUCCAGUCUGGUCCGGGGAGGUGAGUUGGAUCGGACAGUUGAUGGAUGGAUUGCCUCUCGGGACAUCAGCUCUGGUGAGUUCGGCUCCUACCGCAGCCUUGGGGCCAUUGUCCUGGAUCCCGGGGGCUCCCUCAACUUCUUCAUAUUUAUUUAUUUAUUUAUUUACAUUUGUUGACUGGGAGUGUCUGACUGGACGUAGGUCCAUUUUCAGUAGAGGCCCAGGGAGAAAAGCUCUACAGUUAAAAUAAACAGACAGUAGAUCCAGGGAUAUCCUCAGAUUGGGGUGGAGCCUUUUGAGGUGAUGAGGAGAUUACUGUUUCCACAGACAGCUCCGCUGUCAUCUCCGUACGUUCUACUCCAAAAGCACAGUUGUCUGCCUCUAUAUCCUUGCAUCAACAUGGCUGUGGAGAUCCUAGGUCUCAUGAUGCCCCACAGAGCACUCCCACUCUUCUGAAACCUCUCCAGAGUACCCCUCUGAAGAGGUCCCUUGGAAGAGAUUAUGCAAGAGGAAGGUUUUUAUCUCCUCGGAGCAGUCCAUCACUUCUUAUACAGACCUGGAUGAAGAUGAAGGGUCCCCAUGGUCGCAUACUUAUGAUGUCUUCUUUGGAGACAUCUUAGAAAUUCUGAAACAGAGAAGCAGCUGGAAGUUCACUAAUCCUUCAGCAGAGGAGUCCUUAUACAUGAAGACCUUUGAAUCUCCUUAUACAUGAAGACCUUCGAAUCUCACACUUCCUCCACUUGGGUGUCUCCACUUUUCAACAAACUUAUGAACCUAGUUUCUUGAAAGGCAUGGUGUGCUUUUCCACAGAGACAGGGUAUCCUUAUGAACGAACCCUUCCUUUUUGCCAAAAGUAUGUUCAGAGUCUAAUUUGAAGCAAUCUAUAGAGCUGCCAGUUUCUUACCCAAAUUACGGUAAGGCAGAAUACAUGUUACAUCAAUUGGAUGUGCAUAGACAAUUACACUUCUGUUUACACAGGGCUAAGGAUUUCAGAAAAUCUGACCAACUUUUUAUAUCUUUUUCAGCUUCAAAGAAAGGUACUUCAGUCUCUAAGGUGACACUUUCAAUGGCUUUCAGAUUGCAUAACCUUCAUCUAUAAAUCUGAAAACAGAGAUCUUCCCCAAAGAGUUAAAGCCCACUCUACAAGAGCCAUUGCAACCUCUUUCACCUUUCUGGUCAAACUACCAGUUGGUAGCAUUUGUGCUGUGGCAACACGGGCAAGACCACAUACCUUUAUCAGUCAUUACAAAGUCGAUUUAGCCUCCAGGAACAGGGCCUAUUUUGGAUCCAUGAUUCUGAAGAAUCUUUUCCCUUGAGCCAUUCAAGAAAGGUGCUGCUAUGGACGCUGUACCAUCCUGGUAAGAAUGAAGGCGAGAUAGGACAACAGCACAUAAAGAAGUUACAUACUCACCAUAACGUUGCAUGUGGGCUGUCCAUUGUCACCUUCAUUCUUACAUCCCACCCUCCUCCCCCCAGUGGUCAUGUUUACUCCUGGGAGAGUUGGUACAAUUAGAUAUUAUUCUCCGACCUUCUUUAUUGCACUCUGGAGUUAUUAAACUGUGUUUAAUUCUCACUGUUUGUAUAACUGCAAACAAGAUUUGGGGAGUUUACCUAGUGCAUGCUGGGAUAGAGUUUAGCCACAAGCUAGUGGAAGAUCUGAAGCUUGCAUAUAAAGGCUGAGUCGGAUCCGAACACAGCCUGAUAAGAAUGAAGGUGACAAUGGACAACAUACAUGGAACGUUAGUGUGUACACAACUUCUUUUUUUCUGCUUCCUAGCAAAAAAGGGUUGCCUUUUAGGUAGCUUCAGAGGAUGACUACUGAGUGCCCGACUUUUUUUUUCCAUAUCACUACAGCACCUUUUUGAAAGCUGUAGCCGUACACAUUUCCAUCAGCUCUCAGGUCAGCCUUUUGGUUGUUGCAUCAUGAAUGUUGCUUAAUAUGCAUUUCCCUUAGAGAAUAUUGAAGUACAUAGGAGCUUGUACCACAUACAGAAUGUGCGCACUUUUUUCCAGAGUUUUUUUUCAGUACUGCCUAAUGCCUUAUAUGAAUUUCUGCUACUCUGCAUUUUGUCAUUAGGCUGUGUAGAGAAUGAAAUGUUAAAACAACAUAUUUGUGAGUGUGUAUACAUUUGUGCAGUCAAUUUCUUAAUAGAUGGAUUUGAAUUAUUUUGCUGAAUAUCACCUGUGUGCGUUAUCUUGUGUAGUAAAUUUUGCUUACCAGACUACCAUUGAAACAUGAGCUUUAGUUCAAGAUGGUGUAACAAGAAAUCAGUGUUUUAGAUUAAAAAAUGUGUAUUGAUUCACUGGGUAGAUUGUUGUAGAAUAUUUUUGUUAAUUUAAACUAAAUUUAAACUACUUAAAGCAAGCAUAUUAAAACUGUUACCCUGUGA